AUAAAAUGAAAAACAAGGGCAAGAAGAAGACUAAGAAAAACGGCAAAAGCAGAGCAAGAAGAAGUCUGAUAGAUUUGGGAAGCAAGAUUGAGCAUGAACAGGAAGAAGAUGAUGCAAAGAGUGUGGGAGACAUGUCUGAAAGGGAAGGUGAUGACCAAAAGAGUAUGAACAAGAGUUCAGUGAAAACCUUGGGGAGAUACUCUUCUACUGGGAACAUGGAGCUACUAAGUAUGCACAAAAACAGAUUAGUCAUUGAAAAGGAUGCUAAGAUGUUAGCCAAUCGUAUCUCAAUGCUUCAGAUGGAAGAGGACAAAAUUAUGAAGAAAAUAAACCAGACUAGAAAGCGCGCUAACGACAUCAUGAAGGCCAAGAAGCGUAACGAUCAGAUGUUUGAGCAACGGAUGAUAGAGCGUGAGGAAAGGCUACGCAAGGAGGAUGAUGACCGUCAGAAAUGGCUCAAUGACAGGGUCCAAAGGCAGGCUAACAAGGAUAAGAAUGUAAAAGCUAUUAAGAAAGCUAAGAAUGAGGAAUACAAAAUUGGUAAAACCAUGACCAUACAGAAUGAUAUCUAUAAAAAGAAGUUCCUAGCUGGUCUCAGGAAGCAGAAUAAUAUUAAGAAGAGCAUGGUUAAACAAGAAGAAGAAGAGAGAGCUAGGAAGUUUAGGAUCAUGGAGGAAAAGAAGAAAAAGGAGAACCAAGAGGUUUAUAGUACAAAAGUCAAUGAUGAGAAGAACAAGAUUUUAGAAAAUGAGAAAAGAAUCAAGGAAAUGGAGAGAAUGGAAGCUGAAUUAUUGAAUAGACUCAAAAACUCUCAACAAAUGGAGCAAGCCGAGUAUGGAAAGUUAGAAAAAGCUCUUAAGGUCAGCAACCAAGCAUGUGAAGAAAGAAGGAAGAAAGUCAAUAAAAUCAGAAAGCCAAGACCUGCUGAGAUUACAAAGUUGAGGAACUCAAUUUCGACUCACCCGAGUGAGAAAGCGUCGAAUCCAUAACUUCUCUAAAACGGAUGAUUUGCUGGCUUCAAUUAA